CUGUGUGUCUGUUAGUUAAGGGGAUCUUUCAGAAAGAUAAGAGAGAAGACAUCGGCUACUGACACUGGGCUGUGGCCGUCAGCGACGAGUAUGAAUUGUCGCGAUUCCAGUUAGUCCCCUCGGCGAACGCGAGUUGGAUAUAAUCCAUGAAGUCGAGCAUUGUCGGCCAAUGACAAUAGUUGGUAUAGUACGGUCAAGAGAGAAUCAAAAUCAGAGCCUCCCCCCAACUAGAUCAUCAUGGACCAAGGCGAGAAUAAUGCCAACGGUCUAAUCAAGACUUCGCGGUAUGUCAGUUGACGGAGGCAUUCACAGCUUAUUUCCCCAUGUAGUUUAGAUCUAAUCGGAUAAGCCCCGCAUCAACAAUAUUCCGACUGUUAUCAGUGAAGAAAAAAAUAAUUGAUUUUCGAACUCCUCCAAGUCGACCCAUUUCCGCGCUUGUAUAUAAACCCCAUUUUCCCCAUCAACCGGGUCCAAGAACGUCGGGGUGUCGAUAAUUUCAAAACCGAGUUUUCGAAUUUUUCACCCACAACUCCGCCACAAUGCCUCGCUCUAAGCGCGCCCGCGUUGUCCACGAGACCAAGACCGCCAAAAAGUCCCACAAGGAACAGACCAGACGCUUGUAUGCCAAUAUCCGGGAAUCUGUCGAGAAAUAUGACCAUCUUUUCGUCUUCGGAGUUGAUAACAUGCGCAAUACCUACCUGAAGGAUGUGCGCACUGAAUUCGCUGAUAGCCGUCUCUUCUUCGGCAAGACCAAAGUCAUGGCCGUCGCACUGGGCCACAACCCCGAAUCCGAAGCAGCCACCAACCUGCACAAGCUCGUUCCCUAUCUGACCGGUGCCGUCGGUCUCCUCUUCACCUCUCGCGACCCCGAGUCCGUCACCAACUACUUUGACUCCUUCCGCCCCUUGGACUUCGCCCGUGCCGGAACCGUCAGCACCCGGUCCUUCAGCAUCCCCAAUGGCCUUGUGUACUCGCGAGCCGGCGAGAUCCCCGCCUCGGAGGACGAGCCAGUCAGCCACACGAUCGAGCCCGAGCUGCGUAAGCUGGGCAUCCCCACUCGUCUCAUCAAGGGCAAGGUUAUGCUGGAGUUGACCGGUGACCAGGAGGCAUUCCCCGUUUGCCGGGAGGGAGAGGUUCUCGAUUCGCGGCAGACGACGCUGCUCAAGAUGUUCGGCGUUGCUACUUCUGAGUUCCAUGUUGCGCUGAAGGCUUGCUGGACUCGGGAAAGUGGAGAGGUGAAGAUUCUUGAGAAGGAGCAGGGUGGUAUGGAGGUUGAGCAGUGAAGUUGGGGUGGAAUUUGGGGUUAUAGAAAAAAAAGUCUUUUUUCUGAUUCUUUUUUAUGUCUUCUCUUCUUCGACGAAAUCCCCUGGGCAUUUCUUGGAGUUAGGUAUUGGCGCUUGCUUUUCUGCUUCUUUCUUUUUUCUUUCUCUUGUUAUGAGUGGUACCCGUUUAUGACGGGUUCUUCAUUGCUGGAUGAGCGUAUGAUGGACAUACAUAAAUACCAAGCUAAAAUCCUACCAUAAAAUACACCGACAGUGACUAUAUCUCGGCAUGUUACAUGAGGAUAAAAUAAAGAACGAUUCCGACCAUUACCUUGAUUUACACUGUACGAAGAUACCUGGCAUCGGUUAUUGGUUGUUGCAGAAAACCUUACCUGAUCUUCUUACCUGACCCC